AUCUCUGUUGCCCACAGUCCACUGAGAGUCCCAGUCAGUCAACAUGGGUCAGUGGACGCUACACAGCAUUUUAUUUCUCCUACUUGUCUGCAAAGCCAGAGGACAGAUCGACUCUUUUGGAAGACUCCCCUGGACUGAGAGAUUUGUACCAUUUGACAAAUUCCUGGACGUCCAUGGCAUAGCAGAUUCAAACAGGGCAGUUAGUUCGUCACCAAGGUUCAGACUUCUGGCUCCAGACCUGCUCAGGACCGACAGCCAGGAGAACAUCUACCUGCAGGCCGACGAUGUGUCCACUCCCAUCACCGUCUCCAUCUCCAUCCAGGACUUCAGCAGGACCACCAUGCUCCUCCAGGACUCCGUCAUUCUCAAUGUGGAAAAUGGCUUCCAAGCUCUCAAGGCUAUACAGCUUCCCUCAGAUCAUCUGAGCCGCGAAGAGAAAAAGAACAAGUUUGUGUAUCUGACGGCGAACUUUGGAGGCCUCCACUCUGAGCAGAGGUUACUGAUGGUGUCCUUUCACUCUGGAUACAUCUUCAUCCAGACAGACAAACCCAUCUACAACCCUGGAGAUACUGUUCGGUUCAGAGCCUUUGUGUCCUCUCCUUCCUUUAAGGCCUUUGACAGCUCAGUCUCAAUAGACAUCAAGAAUCCAGACGGUGUGGUGGUUAAACAGCUUUUCAGGACCAGAGCUGCAGACGGUGUCUUAGCAGACACAUUUCCUCUCUCUGAAAUUGUCAAUGAAGGAACAUGGACCGUAACUGCAAAGUUCGACCACUGGAAGCAGAACACGUUCACCUCCCAGUUUGAAGUGAAGAAGUACGUGCUUCCCGCCUUCAAUGUUACCUUGACUCCCAGGAAGUCCUUCCUCAGCCUGAAUGACGACGAACUGGUCGUAGAGAUCUCGGCCAGGUACCUGUAUGGGGAGCCAGUCCAGGGCACGGCCUAUGUGGUGUUUGGAGUGUUGAUCGAUAAGGAGAUGAGAAGGUUUCCUGCUGUGAAGCAGGUGUCAGAUCUGGAUGGAGGAGUCGUCAGCCUGAGCAUGGAGGAGAUCAAGAGAGCUUACCCCAACGUUAGAUCUUUGGUGGGCAACUCUGUUUAUGUCAAGGCCUCUGUGCUCACCAAGUCAGGCAGCGACCUAGUUGAAGCCCAAAAGACCGGGAUUAAAAUCGUGGAGUCUCCUUAUGUCAUAUCCUUCAAAGAUAUGCCAAAGUACUUCAAGCCAGGCAUGCCCUUUGACUUUGAGAUCCAGGUGAGCCACCAUGAUGGUUCCCCGGCCCAAAACGUUCUGGUCAAGCUGAAUUUGCUGGACACGCCGCUGAUCGUCACCUCCGGCAGCACCAGAGCCACCGUCAACAUGCCCAGCGUUCAACGCCAACAAACCAUUACUGCUGAGACCAAACAGGCUGGCCUGAGACCAGACCAGCAGGCCAAACAACAGGUCACUGUUCACCCGUACACGACCUUCAACCGGCAAAAGCAAAACUACCUGUACAUCUCCACAGGGACCAACAAAGUGUCUGCAGGAGACCGACUGUCCCUGAAGCUGACCAUCAAUGCUGCUGACCAGACAAACAGAGACUUAAUCAAACACAUCACCUACCUGGUGCUCAAUAAGGGAAAAAUCAUAACUGCUGAGCGCAAGAAUGUGGGCGGUCAGCUGGUCACCACCAUUGGUCUGACAGUCACCCCAGAGAUGAUGCCGUCGUUCCGUUUUGUGGCUUUCUACAGCAUUCCCUGGGUGGGGCGUGAAGAAGUGGUGUCAGACUCCGUCUGGGUAGAUGUGGCAGAUUCCUGUGUCGGAGGGCUGAAAGUCGGGCCAGUGGACGGCAACCACCGAGACUACACACCUGGGAAGAGCUUUAGUUUUCAGGUCAGAGGUGACCCAGGGGCAAAGGUCAGCCUGGUGGUUGUGGACAAUGCUGUCUAUCUGCUCAACAGGGACAGACUCACACAGAGGAAGAUUUGGAACGUGGUGGAGCACGGAGACAUGGGCUGCACCCGCGGGGGAGGCAAAGACGCAAUGGGGGUAUUCACAGAUGCAGGACUUCUCUUUUCCUCCAGUGCCGGGUUCAAAACCCAAAACAGACAAGUCCUGCAGUGUCCAGGCAGUGCCAGGAGGAGGCGCUCUGCUGAGCGGUUGCAGCGUAAAGCCCAGCUGGAGAGUCACUACAAGGAGAAGCUGCAGCACCGCUGCUGUAAGGACGGCCUGAGGGAGAUCCCCAUGCCCUACUCCUGCACGCGGCGCUCCCUCUACAUUACUGAAGGCUGGGAGUGCAUCCGAGCUUUCCGCUACUGCUGCUCCACUUACAGGGACCAGGUGUUUGACACUGAAAUUCCCACCACCCCACCACCCAUGACCACAACCCCUCCUACCACCAGCCCUCCACCCAGGCCCACUUUCACCUCCUCUCGUUUUCUCAAUCAUGCUGCGAGGCGCGAUAGAGUUGUCCUCUUCAGCGCUAGAGAGCAAUCGAGAUCUAUGCCUAGAGGGGGCAUGAGGUAUACGAUGGUUAACAAAAUGGAAGAAGAAAGAGGGAUGGGGGCAGGACAGGGGGCAGCAAAGGAAGAGGUGGAGGAGGAAGAGGAGGAAGAUGAGGAAGAAUGGGAGUACCUGGAUGAGACUCAGGUGUAUCUGCGUUCCAAGUUCUACGAGUCCUGGCUGUGGAUGGAUGUGAACUUGCCAAGCCAGGCAGACAGAGACGGGUUGGCAUCUAAGAAUGUGGACAACCCUUUACCUGACAGCAUCACAGAGUGGGGAGUUCUGGCCAUCAGUUCAUCGCCUCAUACAGGUUUCUGUGUGGCUGAGCCUUACAACUUCAGAGCAUGGAAGCGUUUCUUUGUGGACCUGAAGCUGCCGCAUUCAGUGGCAAGGAACGAGCAGGUGGAGAUUAAAGCCGUGAUCCAUAACUACGGCUACGACGACUUGCACGUGAGGGUGGUGCUGAUGAAGACAGAAGGCAUGUGCAGCAUCGCCUUUAAAGACAGACACACACAGGAAGUGACGCUGCCGGCUGGCUCUUCUAUAGCGGUGCCUUACACCAUCGUGCCACUGGUGGUGGGGAAACUUCCUCUGGAGGUGAUGGUGGUCGGCAGAGACAUGAUGGGAGGAGACCGCGUCCAGAAGUCCCUGCGGGUGGUGCUGGAUGGAGUGCAGAAGACUGAAGUUUGGAGUGUGGUGCUGAAUCCCUCUGCUGAAGGAGGAACGCAGACAGUUCGUGUUGGCAGGAUCGAGCUGGAGUCAGUUGUGCCAAACUCUGUUCCAGAGACAUUCAUCAAUGUCAGAGGAAACAUGUUGGCAGACAGCAUUGAUAACUCCAUCAGUGAGGACUCUCUGGCAUCUCUUAUCCAGAUGCCCGGUGGCUGUGUGGAGCAGAACUUGGCCAGAAUCACUCUGCCGCUCAUCGCCACCCUCUACCUAGAUCGAGCCAACGACUGGGAGAGUGUGGGGGUGGAGCGCAGGGCUGAGGCCAUCAGAUACAUCAGGAGAGGCUAUGAGAACCAGCUGGCGUACAGAAAGACCGACGGCUCUUACCCCCCCUACAGGCGUGAAGGUGCAAGUACAUGGAUCACAGCGUACGUGGUGAAGGUGUUCUCCAUGGCUCACUCCAUCAUCGGCAUCAACGAGCAGCAAGUGUGUGACCCUCUGCUCUACCUGCUGAAGAACAAACACAGGCUUCCUCAGGGAAACUUCGUAGAGCACAACCCAGUUUACAGCACCACCAUGACCGGCGGUCUCAGGGGCGAUGACCCGGAAACAACCCUGACGGCCUUCGUCCUCAUAGCGCUCGCUGAGGCCACGCAGGCAGGGAUCCACUGCACCAGUCCAGACGUGAAUGUGAAGUUACUGAUUCAGAAGACAGCAGACUACCUGAAGAGAGCGCUGAUGAGUUCGGGGAGGAGACCGUACACAGUGGCCAUCGCCUCCUACGCACUGGUUCUGGCUCAAGGUUUCGACUCGACACGGUCAUUACUCAGAGCAGCAGCUCCAGGUGGCAGCCACUGGCCCGACAGGCAAAACAGUCUGUUCACCUUGGAGGCGACGGGCUACGCCCUGCUGGCUCUGGUGAAGCUGGGACGUAUGGAGGAAGCUGCAGCACCCUUCAAAUGGCUGAACAGCCAGCGAAGAAGAGGCGGCGGCUUCGGUUCCACUCAGUCCACCAUGGUGGUGCUCCAGGCACUGUCAGAGUACCUGAUCAACAAACCCCCGCCUGAUGACCUCGGUCUGGACGUGGACGUCAGAAUCACAGGACGCAAGGAAAUCCGCUACCAUUUCAACGCUGAUAGCGCCUACGCUGCUCGCUCCUCCAGGUUGCCCACUAAUCUUGAUCUGGAGGUGGAGGCUCGAGGGAACGGACAGGGGAUACUGGAGGUUGUUACUUAUUACAACCAAGUGCAUGAGGUGAGUGAGAAAAUGCCCUGCAAGGACUUUGAGCUCAACAUCACCAUUGAAGAAUCCACCGAAAAGCCUCCAGCAGAUGUAGAAAAGUCCUAUCAGAUCACCAUCAAAGUGAGAGCUUUAGGACCCAGAGAUGUCAGGAUGGUGGUCCUGGAUAUCAGUCUGCCCACCGGCUUCACUCCAGAAAACUCUGACCUGGAGAUGUUGUCCAACUCUGUGGACCGAUACAUCAGUAACUUCCAGACUGUUGAUAAUCUGAGCGACAGAGGCUCAUUGAUCAUCCACCUGUUCAAGGUGUCACACAAAGAGCCAGAGAUACUGAUCUUCAGGCUUCAGCAGAACUUUAAAGUCGGCCUCCUCCAGCCGUCCUCAGUGACCGUCUAUGAGUACUACAACCCAGAUCACCGCUGCAGUCGUACCUACACACCCACAGAGGACAAAGAGGAGCUCACUCAGAUCUGCAAAGACAAUGUCUGCCGCUGCACACAGGGUGACUGCUGCGUCUCCAAGACCGACAGUGAAAAUUUCACCAACAAAGAAAGAGAGACGUUUGCCUGCACCAGCUUACACCACGUUUUCCAGGUGAAGGUCCUGAGCAUCAGCCAGAGUUACUACGACAAAUACGAGGUGGAGAUUACACAAGUUAUCAAGCUGGGUGUGGAGGAUGGAGUUGAAGUCGGCCAGCGGAGGUUAUUCAUGUCUCACGGUGGAUGCAGAGAGGGCCUCAGUCUGAAGCAGGGCUCCCAGUACCUCAUCAUGGGCCCCAAAGAGGACCAGUGGAACAUUGACAGUGACACAAACAGGUUCGUCUACAUGUUAGGAAAGGACACCUGGGUGGAGCGCUGGCCUUUGCCUGCAGAGUGCUCCAGCGAUCCCAGCCUGCAAGCUAAAUGCAAGACCCUGGAAGAUGCUGCGUAUGAGCUGUCCGUCAACUCCUGCAGGCUUUAGAGGUGUCUGAGCAACGACUGCACGACUGCAACCACUCAACUGUGCCAUUCUGUUGCAGAGAUGAAUAGAAUUGAUGUACAAAAAUAGCUUCUUUUUUUUUUUCUUUUUUGAAGGGCUAUGUGUGUUUUGACUGUGGAAAGGGGAACUGAAAGUGUUGCCAAUUAUAGCAACGUACCCAUUUGUCUCUACUGUGUGAAGUCUGUUGUGAGAGCAAGUCCUGUGUGCAGUAAAUACAAACUGUAAAAGUACAUUUUGGUUUAAAAAAAAAUGUGUGGUUGCAUCAAUUCUGCAUUUUUAGACUAUUCUGAAAGAAAGAAGUAAAUGUAACCUGUAGUUAUCUGCUUAGAUUAGCAAACUACUUCAUAUAAAUACCAGGCUGCAGGUCCCCUCUGUGUCCAUCGGGUUUGUGCUCUCUGAAGCGGCAGCAUCGUCCUCAGUUUACAGUGAAGGAAAAAAAAAAUCAGGUGAGUGUAUUAUAGAUUAUCAGACACACAUAGUCCAACAGUAAUUACAUCAGCCAUUUGCAACAGUGACUACAGAGCACUCAAAACCCUCAUCCUCUUUUUCUCUCUGGGGCCGAGCUGUUCAGAUGUCAGAACACACUGUGGGGCAUGUAUUUUCCUUACAUGCCCCACAGUGUGUUCUGACAUCUGAACUGAGAGAAGGACAACAAUAAAUCCACUUGCUGCUGCUGCUAUUAAACUCACAGCUGCUCUUAUCAUCCUUCAUCUCUGUCUCUCUGACUUCAGAGGCACUAAAACACAUCGAAGGGUAAUUAAAGUACAAAAGUUAUCUAUUUAUCACAUUGCGUUGUUCCCCUUUCAGUGUAGAAGGGAGAUGUCUUGAGCUGUAACUUUCCUCUGUGGUCAGGAGAAUAAGCAGAUAAGAAAAGACUUCCUUCCUGUCAGACCUUCUUCCUCAUUAAGUUAGUAAAAUGCAGUGUGAGCCAAAGACCAAGAAAAGUGUGGGUGCACUGCAUAAUGUAAUUUAUAUAUAAAAGAGAAUUAGAGACCAGUAUCAGAUUAAAAAAAAAAAAAAAUCAGAAUUGUUGGUGU